AUGUCCACAGAAACGCACUCCGCCGCCUCAUCCUUACGCACCUUCCUUGAAGAAUGCAAGGCCGAGGGAGAUGUGGUAGAGAUCGAUCUUGAAGUGGAUCCCUAUCUCGAGUCCGGUGCCAUCACUCGCCGCGCAUACGAAAGUGGUAGCCCAAUGCCUCUCAUCAACAAUCCCAAGGGGAAAGAUGGCCCAGACGGUCUCUUCCGAAUUCUCGGCGCCCCAGUGGGUGUUCGAUCCAAUCGAGUAGAGAGGUAUGCUCGUUUCGCAAAGUCUAUCGGGCUACCUUCCAACGCAAGUGGACAUGAUAUUAUUCAAAAACUCAUAGCCUCAAAAAGAGCCGGCCCUAUACCAUCAGUUCACGUUCGCGACGCACCACUCAAGGAGCACAAGAUCUUUGGCGAUGAGAUCGAUCUCUUUAAGCUACCAGUUCCACAGAAUCAUGAACGCGAUGGAGGCAGAUAUUUUCUCACAUAUGGACUGCACAGCGUUCAAACUCCGGAUGGAAAAUGGGUUAAUUGGGCCAUCACCCGCUGUAUGGUGAUUGGCAAACGACAAUUAACCGGCCUCGUGGACGUGAACCAGGACAUUGGCGCCAUUUGGUCGAUGUGGAAGGCUCAGGGAAAGGACACUCCAUGGGCUUGCGCCCUUGGUGUUCCGCCAGCUGCUGCCGUGGCAAGUGGUAUGCCACUCCCCAAAUUCGUAAACGAGCCGGAUUACGUUGGUGCCAUCACAGGAAGUCCUAUGCAGGUCAUCAAGUGUGAGACAAACGAUCUUGUCGUGCCAGCACAGUCUGAGGUGGUUCUUGAAGGAACCAUCUCCGCCACCGAGACGGCGAUUGAAGGGCCCAUGGGAGAAUACCACGGCUUUCUCUUCCCGGCGAAGAAGGCCCCCGAGCCGGUGUUCACAGUCAAUGCGAUUACCUAUCGAAGUAACCCCAUCGUUCCGAUCUCCGUCGCCGGUCGUGCUCCAGAUGAAACUCACACCGUGUGGGCCUUGACAAUCUGCGCUGAAAUUCUCGACUUGUUGCAGCAGCAUGGUCUACCAAUCACUCAGGCUUGGUGUCCUUAUGAGUCUCAGGCCAUCUGGUACGUCGUCCAGGUCGAUCGUGCGCGACUUGUUAAGAUGAAGACCACGCCUGAGAAGUUCUGCCGCCAGGUCGGGGAGAUCGUCUUCUCCUCCAAGCCUGGGCGUUUCGUGCCAAAGAUAUUCCUUGUCGGCGACAACAUCGACCCAAGUGACUUGCACGAGGUUGUGUGGGCAGAGGCAACCAAGUCGCAGCCGCAAGACAGCGACUUUUUCUUUGUAGGGGACUAUCCGACCUACAAGCUCGUCCCAUAUGCCACCUACGGUCUCAACAUUAGCGAGCCGCAAGCCAAGGUUGUCAGAUUGUGCAUGUUGCCGGCCGAGUUCAAGACCUUGGACCGGCCGUGGAUUGAAGCUUCUUUCCGUGCAUCUUACCCGGAAGAAAUCAAGAGCAAGGUGUUGAAGAACUGGCAGGCAUAUGGGUAUCAACAGCAAGACUCUGCAAACAUUUAA